AUGACCAAUGGUGCUGCUGUUGAGGCUCAAGAAAACACUCAGCCUCAGACCUCUUCUCCAGAAAUUCAUCAAGAUUAUGAUGAUUACGAUGAUAUUCAAGAAGUUGGCCAGGUUAUCAACACAAUCAGUAAUGGUUUUCUGUUGGGCACUGAAAAGGUAGUCAUUAACAAUGUUGUGUGUUCGUACUCCAUUGGGUGCCAUAUUAACUUAAGGGAAGUAGUUACACUUGCAAAUAAUGUGGAGUACUGGCAAGAGCAUGGGAUGGUGACGAUGAAGCUACGCAACCCCACGACAGCUUCCAUCUGGUCUUCUGGCAAAAUUACCUGCACAGGUUCAACAUCAGAAGUUGAGGCACGCACGGCCGCUCGUCGCGUGGCUCGCGCUCUGCAGAAGCUUGGCUGCAAGACGCGCUUCAAGAACUUCCGUGUCGUCAACGUUCGCGGCACAUGUACCAUGCCCUUUGCCAUCAAGAUCACGCCCUUCUCACUGCAGCAUCGCAACAGUGCAAGUUAUGAGCCAGAGCUCCACCCUGGUGUCACCUACAGAAUCCUUCAUCCUAAAGCAACCCUCAAAAUAUUCUCCACUUGCAGCAUAACAGUCACUGCACCGAGCAUCGCUAACGUGCAGGCAGCCAUCGACCAUGUGUAUCCUCUGGUAGGCGAGUUCUGCAAAGAACGCACGGCCGAAGAAGAGGCGCGACGUAGCACGACCAGUGUCACAAACCACGGCGUGAGACAGCGACCCGUUGGCUUCUCUGUUGAUGAAGAUGAAGAAGAGGAACCUGGUGUGGGGCCGCCUUCCUUCAUAGAUGAGUUUCCAGACUCGCUACCAGCAUUCAUGAAGCGCAAGCGUAGCGAUUUGUCUUUCAGGAACGACAAUAAGAUUAGAAAAUUAGGUCCUAUUGAUCUUGUGUCUGACGACUCCGAUGAUAGUUCUGAUGACAUGGAAGACGUCGAUGACGGAUUCUCUUGAACCUCAUAAGUGAAUUAGUAUUACUCUUUCUCGUGGCUUAUAGUUUCUUUAAGGUUCAGCUUAAUGAAGGAAUAUCUGCCUAUUAAUGAUGACCAACCAGCGCACCAAUGUGUAAAGCAGUAUCAAUCCAUAUUUACGUUGAAACGAGAACCAAACUUCACGAGAAAUCCUCGAAUAUAUCAGUACUCGCAAUCAGUCCCGAAUUGCCCCUGUGGUAAUGCUGCAACUUUUCACAAGAAAUUGUAUGAAUCCAGCUGUUGGUGUGCCUAUUGUUCCUAUUUUGCAGCGGAAUGGUGUCGUUGCUUUUGUUCAUGUUGAUGGAGUCAUGGGGAUCAAUAAUGUACGUUUUUCUACCAUUAUCUGUCUCAAGUUCAUGUUUGGAACCUAACUUGUUUUUUUCGCAAUUAAUCUCUUUAGUCGUUUUUAGCGCUUGACUCGAUAGUCUGGUGAGACUAUUUUGUAUCCUGUCCUUACUAUUACGAUUCCUUUAGAUGUUCUAGAGCCAAAGUUCCCUUAAAUUACACAGUGAAAUUUGUCGAGGUGGUACAAGCGGUUUUUACUUUGAGUAGUUUGGUACGGCACGAUAAAAUGCGAGAUGGUUUCUUGGUUCAUGCCCACAGCGAUUUCUUGAGCGGUCCUUUGAUUAUUAGAAAAUAUUCACUUCCAAUGACCAUAAUCUCAGCUCAUAGUUUUUUUCUUUUCAAGAUUGCUGGACCGUCUCAGUCGCCAAUACUUGUAAACUUUGCUGGAUUUAAAAAUAAUUUCACUGUUUAGCUUGUACGAUCACGACUGCUACUGGAUUCUAAAUUGAUGAUUAUGUUCUAGUUUUGAUUAUUCAUGCUAAAGAUAGACAAAACUGAAACUAAGUAAACUAAUCAUUAGAUAGGUUGGUGCCAAACCAAUGCUGAGUUGCGCUAGAACAAUGUGGUGUAGUGUGCUCUGGAAGUUGUUAUAUAUUUGAUUUCGUUUCAAUUGGUUACACAACGACUGCAAGUUUAUAUUCUGCUAGCGGUUCUUCUGCAUAAAAGCUGACUAAAUUUCUGCUGGUGCAAUUCAUUCGUAUGGUGCGUGAUUAAAUGGGUGCACUGUAUCCAACACUUCUAUGUAAUAACAAUCGAAUUGGGUUGUUCGUAAAUUUUCACUUGCAGAAUGUUAGCAAGAAUAUUUCCCGAUCAUAGGUCAUGAUAAGAGAUGAACGUGUGCUGUUCGAGCGCCUGGAAUGAACUGUAUUAAGCAUUCGGUAUCAUGGCUGCUGUGAUGACGCGCGUUGCACUGGAAGUUUAGGUUCAUGUCCAGGCGAUAGGAGCAGACAUGAUGGGUAUUCUUCAUUGAUGCUGUGGCUGGAGUAAAUCGUUAUAUUAGUUUUAUUUAAUUUUAACUUCCGUUGUUGCUUGUAUUAUUAGAAUUUCCCAUUCAUUUUG